CCGCCGCGCAAUUUCCCCUCUCUUCCCCGUCUCACGUUUUCAUUCUUCUCCUCCCCUAAAUUCCCCUCUUCUCUCUCUCCAAGGUCUCUCACACUCACUUGAACAACUGCCGCUGCUCGGCGCGACCGACUGGCAUCUCUGGACUGGAGCGAGUGAUUGCCUGCUUGCUUGUCCCAGAUCGAACAGUAUAGUAUUCAAGAAGUGGCACCACCCAGGGGUGGGUGGGUGGCGGCGACCCGGCCAUUCAAGACUCACCUCACCUCGUCCUCGUCCUCGGUGGCGCCUGCGGAUAUUCAGUGCCCUCGCCCCCCUCCCCCCCGCGCGGGUUCUUGGUCCCCUCCCCGGAGUUCGUCGAGGCCGGCGCGAUGCAGCGGCAGCAGCAGCAAGGUCUCGACAUACAAAGGCUGCAGCAGGCGGUGAGGACGCGGUGGCUCAAGCCCAGAGAGGUCCUCGAUAUAUUGCAGAAUUCCGAGCUGUUCGGGAUCCACAAUAGGACCCCUCAGAGGCCACCGAGUGGUUCUUGGUUUCUUUUCAACCGAAGGGUGCAUCGCUUCUUCCGGAAUGAUGGGUAUGUGUGGCAGAAAAAGAAAAAUGGGAAGAGCGGCAACGAAUCCCAUGAGUACCUUAAGGUUGAUAAUGUAAAGGCUCUGAAUUGCUACUAUGCUCGUGCAGAAAAUAAUCCUAGACUCAUGAGGCGGAUAUAUUGGAUGCUUGAACCGGCUUAUGAGCACAUUGUUCUUGUCCACUAUAGAGACGUUCUAGAGGGCAGCAUUUCAGUAUCAGUGCUAAACGGUUCGCCAACCUCCAACCAGAAUGGCAGUGCUAGCAGAGCUGAUGCACAUAGUUCGCCAGGGUUGACUAGUGAGAUAAUUGCGCCACUUCUCAACUCGUACAGCCCAGGAUCUGCGGAAGAAGUUAGUUCCCAGAUCCCGACCAUAAACAAUGAAACAAAUGAUAUAAGUCUAUUUGAUUGGCGGCGGACGCUUGAAAUGCAGCUGAGUCUGGAAAACAAGGAGCGUCAUGAUGUUAACACUGAUGAGGUUCUGCCAAAUCAUGAUCCUAUCCAUGUGCAUGGGAUUCAGAAUGAAGAAUUAGACGCAUGUAUAAACCUUGCAGAUGUCUUUGAACUGGACCAUGCUGAAGGAAGCCAUCCUUAUCCCGAUCCUAUCGAUGAUGCCCUCAUAUAUUCAGGAACAUGCUGGGACUGGGAGGAUGACCAACUUAAUUCUAUUCUACAUCCAGCUUCUGUGACAGUUGAUGAAAACCGAAGGUUUCAUAUUCAUGAUGUUUCUCCAGAAUGGGCAUUUUGUUCUGAAAGUGCAAAGGUUGUCAUUGCAGGGGACUUCCCUUCCAACCCCUCCAAUAGUUCAUGGGUACUAUUUGGUGAUUUUAAGGUACCUGUGGAAAUUGUCCAGGAAGGUGUCAUCCGUUGUUAUACUCCACACCUUGGUGCUGGGAAGGUGAGAAUGUGCAUGCUCGAUGAGAAUGGGAAACCUUGCAGUGAAGAUCGAGAAUUUGAAUUCGUUGAAAAGCCUACCAGCACAACGAUUAAUGGGAACGGGAAACCCAGCAGUGAAGCACGAGAAUUUGAAUUCCAACAGUGGCCUACCAAAAGUGACGAUGAGCUGUUGUUGCUUCUCAACUAUGUGCAGAUGCUUUUUUGUAGUCAUGGCUGUGAACUCUUCUCAAAGUUCAGGUUGCCACUCCCAAAUGUUCAGUUUGGUUUCCCAGUUAACCCCUCAGAGAUUAUAGGGAGAACAUGUGAGCAGCUGGACCGUGAGAACACUGUAAAUUGCAUCAUGGAAGUGGUGCUUAACAAUAAGUUCAAGGACUGGCUAUCAUCCAAAUUUGAACAGAAUAGUGAAGGGGAGUAUUUGCUUCCUAAGCAAUACCAUGGUGUUAUACAUACAAUUGCUGCAUUGGGAUACGACUGGGCUUUGGAACCGCUGCUUAGUUCCGGUGUGCCUAUAAACUUCCGUGAUGCAAAUGGGUGGACUGCUCUGCAUUGGGCUGCACGAUUCGGAAGGAAACAAAUGGUAGCGGUUCUUCUUACUGCAGGCGCUGCUGUAGGUGCACUUUCAGACCCAACAGCAGAAGAUCCUGCUGCCAAGACACCUGCUUCGAUAGCGUAUACAUAUGGUUUCAAGGGCCUCUCUGCAUUUCUUUCAGAAGCAGAACUAACCAGUACCCUUCAUUCUCUGGAAUCAAAAGAAAAUGGAAAUCUCGUAGAUCACAAUGGUGGAGUGAGUAUAUCUAGCGCUGUGGAUAGAAUAUCAGAUAAAUGCGCACAUGUGGAUGGUGGAACUGAUGAUCAGCUUGCACUUAAGGAUUCUCUAGGAGCUAUCCGAAAUGCUGUUCAAGCUGCCGGACGCAUACAAGCUACCUUCCGUGUGUUUUCCUUAGAAAAGAAGAAACAAAAGGCUCUUCAAAAUGGGGAUAGCUCUGCUUCACCUUCUAUUAUCGCAAGAGCUGCAUUAUCUAUCCAGAAGAACUUCAGGUGCUGGAAGAAACGUAAGGAAUUUCAGAGAAUUCGGAAAAAUGUCAUCAAGAUCCAGGCACGGUUCAGAGCUCACCGAGAAAGAAAUAAGUACAAGGAAUUACUUCAGAGCGUCGGCAUCCUUGAGAAGAUCAUGCUAAGGUGGUUCCGAAAAGGCGUUGGUCUGCGAGGCAUCAGUAGCAGGGCGAUGCCAAUCGACCAAGACGAGGAAGAAGACAUCGUGAGGGUUUUCCGCAAGGAAAGAGUGGAAACAGCUGUCAGCGAAGCUGUUUCGAGGGUAUCAGCUAUCGUCGGCUGCCCUGUCGCAAGGCUGGACUACCGCAAGAUGCUCGAAAUACACCAACAAGCAAAGGUUGGCCAUGGAAAGUAGCUGAUCUGGUAGCAGCCGAUGCUGAUGACAGAGCACAGGGCAGCCACUACCCUGUGUCCUCCUCCUCCCCUGUUAAAUGAUGAUCUGGAAAGCAGCUGGCGGCCUGAAGGACAGUAAAAGCCUUGGUGAGUAGUGGAUCCUGCCAAAUCACAAGGACUUACCAACAAAUUCCAGUACCAUCACCAAAGUCCAUGAUGAACCUUUUUUUUUCCACUUCUCUGUACAUAAAAUUAAAAAACCCAUGUGCAUAAGCUGACUUGUGGCCAGACUUUAGGAAGAUGUAAGGCCUAUGUAUGAUAAUGGAGCCUCAGGGGCUUUAAGUACCAUCUGCUUUGUAGUAUGUAGUACCAUCUCUCUCACAUUUGCUAGGCGUGUACAUGGCAAUAAAUGUCAUGGUAAAUCCUGAGCCGUAGCUCAAUUGUCAAUGGGAAGCAUGAUGGUGCCUUUGGAA